AUGAUCAUGCAGCUCUUCUCGCGCACGCUGCCGCCCGUGGUCAAGAUGCGGCACCACAGCCUCCCCUGGCUGCUGCGGCACGUCGAGGAGCGGUGCCACGAGCUGGAGGCCGUGAUGUCGCCUGAAACAACUGCGUCCCAGAUCGAAGGCGAGGAUCCCUUUGACCUGGUUGCGGACGACCUGGCGGCCUCCUGUCACCUGCUGUGCAUUGAGAAAGUGGCAGCGGAAAACCGCCAAGACGCCGCCACCUUUGCGCGCCUGCUGGAAGAGCUGCUGCUGCGCGGCUGCUGGUUCGCCUUCAUGAGCAACCGGCCCCUGCACGAGCUGGUGCACGAUGUCCAGCUGGGCAUCGAGCGUGAGGGCCCUUUUGUGGAGCUCUGCAACACCCACCUGCUGCAGCUCAACUUGUCGGGCGGCCCCAUCUACAAUAACGCCAACGCCGUGACUGCACCAGCAGAAGCCGGGCGCGAUCAACAGCAGGAGCAGCAGCAGCGCGAGAGCAGCCACUGCUACCAAGGGCGCGACGGUGUCGCGCGGCUGAGGGACAGCUGGCGGCGGCUGGUGGAAUGCAGCAACGGCCGCGAGUGCGCGACAUCAGUGUCUUUCAAGUUCUUUGGGCGCGACAAGCUCUUUGUGCCCAAGGCGCUCGUGGUGGAGGACGGGCGGCGGCUGCAGCAGCAACAGCCGCACGUUUCGCAGACUUCGGACCAGCAGGAAGCGUUGGGCGCACUUGUACAGCGGGGACAGCAGGCUGAGCCAAUGCCGCAGGGGGAGCCGCCGCUGUUGGCCGCAUACUUUGAGUUCGACCGGCUGUUUGGACCGCAGGGCCUGCGGCCCCCAGGCGGCCUGGACCCCGCACCUGGCGGCAGCCGCGACGGCAGCGCGCCGUUGUCCGCGAUGGACUGCCUGGCCCUGGCUGAGAGCGGCUGCACGGCGGUCUUCAUAGAGGGCGUGCCGUUCCUGCACCCUGAGCAGCGCGACUGCGCGAUGCGUUUCGUGACGCUGCUGGACGUGCUGUGGGACCACCAGACGCAGCUGCACAUCUCAGCAGAAGCCGGACCGAGCGAGCUCUUUGCGCCGCUGCUCGACGCUGCCCUGGCGCCCGCCAGCCACCCCAGCUUCUGGGAAGCUGCCGCGGCGGCACCCAUGGAAUUGGAGGAGCCCGCCAAGGGGCGCCGUGCAGAGGAGCACGCGCUGUUGGCAGAGGAGGUGCUGAUGCUGAAACGCGCGGCCGCACGGCUGGCGCAGAUGACGCAGCGCUGA